AAACAGGUAACAGCGGACGGGAAUCCUGAUUGCCCACAGAGGUGCUAACCAGGCCCAGCAAGCCCUCCUUGUCUAUCCGCAGCAUAUUCACAUGUGCCUGAUGGGUCCGGCCCAUCACAAUGCGCACCGCUUUGGCUUUCCUAGCAGCGCUCCCGCAGAUCUGCACCCUUUGGCCCGAAUUCGAGACUCCCAAGGCUUCUACAUUUCACCUGCAUUGCAGAGAACCUCUCACACUCUUCUCACAUUGAGAUUAACGAGUAUCCCAUCUUCAAGGGUACAUCGAACGUCAUUGGCUCGAAUACGGCUGAAUAUCAUUGUAAUUGCGAGAGUCCCGAAGUCAUGGCUCAGUGUCAAUACCUCUGCAGUUCUAUCGUGCAGACGGAUGUUGACCAUCCCUUAGAUCGGCACCCCGCCCUCGAACUUCCCGACCACUUUGACAAUUGACUACGGAGUACGGAGUACUCUGUCACCGAUGACACUCUAACUGCAAUGGGAGAAAUGACCGUCAGAAUCCUGCGAGCAGCAGUGCGAACACCCCUGGUCGCCCCGACCCAAAGCCUCGGGUUCUGGGCCGCCACACUUUCUUCCCUGACACACAUAUGCAGUCUGGGGGGUGUGUUCGUCAAGUGGUCAUGAAUCACGAAAAAGAUGGUAUGCACAUAGCUUUCCCUCCUACCCCAGUGUUGUGAGGAGAACCGGGGCUGGGUAUUUGUCAAAGAAGUCUAAUGAUGUCUCGGGUCGCUUUGGACCUUGUGGGACGCAGCCUGGCAGGCAUAUCCUUUAUCCUUUGUAUCGUUUGCCCGGGAUAGCGCUGGUACCCGCGGCGUCGCGGCCGAUAUAAUAACCACUCACGCUUGCCACCCCUCCAACAACCUGUCGUCGUGUCCCGCACUGGCCUAACAAACACAUCCGUUCGUUUCUCGGCAUCCAUUCUCACAUUGCGGGACUUCGACGUUGCAAAACCAUUCUCCUAGUCUCGCGCCAGGCCUCGCUUCAUACAGAUCAUGUCAACCAUCACGAUAACCUCCGCUCCAAGAACGCGAAUAACCGGCUGCCCCGCGCAAGCGAUACCACCUCAGUCCUUAACCCAAUUUCAUCCCUUCCCAAGGCUGCCCGUAGAACUCCGCCUCAAGAUCUGGAACCUCAACCUCCCACCACCGCGGGUUGUGCCCAUCCGGUGCGGUGCCAAGUCUCUCUCCUUCGCCUCCCACGCCCAGUCACCAAGGCCCUCGUCGAGUGGGUGUACCUCGUACACAGCCGUACCCACCAACCUCCACGCCUGCCAUGAAUCCCGCCUUGAGGCCCUCAAGUCGUACCACCUCAGCUUCGGCAUGACGCGCAACCCGGGCCAAAUCUUCUUCGACAAGGCCCAUGAUGUCCUCUACUUUGGCGCCCGCGACGGCUACAUGGCCUCCGAGGCGCAAUUUCGCACAGUCAUGGCCCUCUGCGAUCCCGAAGACAUCUCACAAGUGCGCCGCCUUGCCAUCAACGACUCGCUCUUCUGGGUCGACACAAUGUACCAGUCCAUGAGCGCCGCCAACCUAACGGUGGAGGUCCUCAAGCAGAUCCGCGCGCGAAUGCCCAAGCUGGAAGAGCUCGUCUUCGUGCCGCGGGACGAAAACCCCGUCUACAACGACGAGGUUGAGCUAGUGCCUGCGAAUUCGAACGGCGUGCUCGAGCAGCAGAUGGCGAGGCAAAUGGAGGCGGCGAUGAAGGCCGUUUGCGACUUAUUUCCGGACUGGACACCGCCGCGGUGGUGUAUUAUGGCUCUCGGGUCGACGUAGCCCUCCCGGGAUCACUUCGAAUGAUGGGGCUUUUAACGGACCAGCGUAUUCAACCCCGGUUCUCUUCUGUAAGGCAAGGCGUCGAUAAAACGCCCGCCUUUUUCAUGGGCAGGGAGGUGGGUCUGCCACGAGCAUGAACUUCAAGACUUUGUAUUGGGCUGGUCAGACUGCAUUUCAAGAUACCCCUUUUGUCUUUUCUGCUGUUUAAGCGUCAUGGAACACUAGCAAUGUAUUGCGAAGAAAUUGUUUAAGCUUUGUAUUGAUAGGGAGCAUUUACGAGCCAUGUGGGUGAUAUUUUCCAACCAUGUAAAGCGGGAAUAAGGGAUGUUUUUCAGUUCUUUCAUCGCACAGAGACGACUGUGAUUGAUUUUUGCCUUCCUCGUCGCCAUUGAAGAAAAUGGCUGGGGAACCCAUAUUUGUGGUCUUAUUAGAGAUUGUCUUUUGAACGAGUUUUGCUGCUGAACAACUACACGCUCGAGGAAGUGGAAUGCAAGAGA